AUCUCUCCGUCUCACUCCAGCAUCUUCCUUGUUCAGAUCUGGGAAUUGUUCAGAUUCUGAUAUCAACUGGAGGAUGUCGAAACCCUGGGGAGGAAUCGGAAUUGGGGCGUGGGCGGACGAAGCCGAGCGUGCCGAUGAAGAGCAAGCGGCGGAAGCUACGGCGGCUGCGGCGGAUGUGCAGAGUUUUCCUAGCCUGAAGGAGGCUGCGAGUGCGAACAAUGCCAAGUCUAAGAAGAAGAAGAAGAUGACUCUGUCGGAGUUUGCUUCGGGGGCUUACACAGCACCUGCAGGUAGAAAUUCCGUUGGAUUGACGCAGCAAGAGAUUCUUCAGCUACCGACUGGUCCCAGGCAACGCUCGGAGGACGAAAUGCAACCUGGACGCUUAGGCGGUGGAUUCUCUUCUUACGGAGGUCGUUCUGGUGGACCUCCUGGCCGAAUGGGGCGAGAUCGAGAUGAUUCCGAUGGCUCUUGGGGUGGUGGAGGUGGUGGCCGGAGACCCUACGGCGGCGGAUUUGAUGACGACAGGAGAGGACCUCCGUCUAGGAUGGAUUUUGCGCAGCCUUCGAGAGCUGACGAGGUUGAUGAUUGGGGAAAAGCUAAAAAACCGCUUCCUUCUUUCGAUCAAGGACGACAGGGUGGUCGUUAUGGUGGCCUCGGAGGCGGUGGCGGAGGUAGUUAUGGAGGUGGUGGCGGUGGCGGUGGCAGUUUUGGCGGUAGCGGUGGUGCUGGUGGUUUCUCCAAAGCUGACGAAACCGAUAAUUGGGCUGCAGGUAAAAAGCAAGCUCCGGUUAGAUCAUCUACAUUUGGGUCCAGUUUCGGUGACUCAGACCGCGAAUCAGACCGUUGGUCUAGAGGAGUAGCCGGAGGUGGUGUUCAGGAGGAACGUCGUCGACUUGUUUUGGAACCACGAAAGGUUGACUCAGGAGGAGCAAGCGAAACUCCCCCAGCUGCUGCUGCGAAGACGAGUAAGCCGAGCCCGUUUGGGGCGGCUAGACCAAGGGAGGAUGUUUUGGCGGAGAAAGGUUUAGACUGGAAGAAGCUUGACUCGGAGAUUGAGGCUAAGAAAGGAAAUUCUCAGACGAGCAGGCCAACGAGCGCACAUUCGAGCAGACCUUCCAGUGCUCAAUCAAACAGGUCUGAGAGUUCGGGACUGAAUAAUGCGGUGAAACCGAGACCAAAGGUGAAUCCUUUCGGCGACGCGAAGCCUCGAGAAGUGUUGCUGGAGGAACAAGGGAAGGAUUGGCGCAAGAUGGAUAUGGAACUCGAGCAUCGCAGGGUUGACAGGCCUGAAACAGAAGAGGAGAAGAUGUUGAAGGAAGAGAUUGAAGAACUAAGGAAAAAGCUCGAGAAGGAAUCCAUUGAUACAGAGGUCAAGGAAUCGGAUCAAGAACCGGGGAGUAACAACAAUCACCAUGAUUUACCGGAAACUAUACGCGGGAAGGAGAAAGAUCUUGAAAUACUAACCCGCGAGUUGGACGACAAAGUCAGGUUCAGACAGAAACCAGUUGAGAGGCCCGGGUCUGGUGCAGGCAGAACAGGUUCAUUUUCAGAAAGGACACAUUCCCGGUCUGGAUCAAUCGAUGAAUCAAGGAGUUUUGAAUCCAUGGAGAGACCAAGAUCACGUGGUGCCGUCGAUGCUUGGGUUAGACCCGUCGAUGAGCAGCGAAGAAACUUCCAAGGAAGCAAAGAGCGCGGAUUCUUCAGCAACAGGUCGUCGUCUAAGCAAGGAUGG